AAAAAACCCUGCCGAAUAGCACAAAAUUACAGCCGAAGGAGAAAAAAUACGCCUUUUCUGCUACCCACACGGACUCCUACGAUUCGCAUCGCUCUCGUUCUUCUCCUUCACCACAAAGACACACAUCAAUCAAGAUGGAAUCUAGCUCCAAGGCUCCCGUCAAGCUCGUCAAGGUGACCCGAGUGCUCGGCCGUACCGGCUCUCGUGGUGGUGUCACCCAGGUCCGUGUCGAGUUCAUGGACGACCAGACCCGUUCCAUCAUCCGAAACGUCAAGGGUCCCGUCCGUGAGGACGACAUCCUCUGCCUCCUCGAGUCCGAGCGUGAGGCCAGACGCCUGCGAUAAAUGUCGAAUGCUGGAAGGGAAGGGGAGAGAAAAGGAAGUUGGCAGUGGUUCUCAUUGGCGUGAACGGGUACGGGUCAUUUUCUUUGGGUGUGUUCCAUCUGGACAUUACGGCCUCUUUUUGACGACGGCAUGAAACGAUGGUGUCAAAUAGCGACAACCGGCAGGGCUUUAUACUACCUAGUCGGAAAUACCUAGGCUCAUUCUCAUAAAAAAAGAUACAAAGCUUCUUUUUUUUGUGGUCCAGACAUGGAAUAGCUCUUCAACUCGAUGAUUGGCUUAUUGGCUGAUAGUGACGGACUGACUAAUGGAUCGAUGAAAAGUCGAUGAAAUAAAGCUGGACAGUUGCUAUGAGGAUAUAUGUGGGCUUCGUUAGCAUUAUGGUCCAGGCUAUCAUGCCUUGAUGUACUACACCAUUAAGAGACCUGUUGUCUGGUUAUCAUUGCAUAGGUUAUGCGUCCGCCACGAGCAUAAUCUAUUUUCCAUUUUCCU